UUGACAUUCAUGUUUUAAUUUCCGGAACAUCAUUUCCCUUUUAGGGUUGUUAAAACAUGCUCAAAACAAUGUUAAUAUUUUCAUCGGUUGUGUUGAUUCAGUCAGAAAAAAAUGAAUUGCUGAUGAAAUGCAGCUUUCAAACCGAUACCUGUGGCUUCCUCAAUCAAGACGGAAUGCUUGCAAUGUGGAAGAGACUGAAAACUGAAAUUGCAGGAAGAAAAGGGUCAAUGAUGGUUGUAGAACCUAGCAGAAGCGGGAAACAAAGAGCCAGGCUUCUCAGUCCCUUCUUCGAACUGCAAGUCUUACUCCCUGCCUGUUUGCACUUUGAGACUUUCCUGUCUGGCGAGGGGGUGUCCGGACUGCGAGUGGAACAGAUUGACGAUUCAGGAUCUACUGUCCUGGUAGGAAUCCACACAAGUACCUAUUUGGAGAAAAUACGACAUCGAUGUUAUUAUCAAUGGUUAUUUGAGGUUUGUUUUUGAAGCAGACAUCAAUCCUGAGAUUGGACAAACUACAGUUGCGGUAGAUAAUUUCAUGUUUA